CGUUGAGAUAAGAUCCUUUAAACGGGUCAUACUCUCUCCACAAUCUCCCUCCAUGGCUUCUACUUGCCACUCCCUCCUCUCAUUUCCUCCGCUUUCCAAGCCACCGUCUCUUCUCACUCCCAAAUUCUUCACGCAACACUCCUUUCCUCGCUCCAUUUCCACCGAUAGGCCCUCCAAAACCCGAUCCAACAGCUCACCGUCCUCCUCCACCGCAGCAGGUGUCGAAGAUGACCCCAAAAAAAACUCUCUGCCCAUGUCCAUCGAUAAUCUUCGCCGCUUCUUUGACCUCAAUGUAGGCAAAUGGCACGGCUCUUUCCACCAAUUUGAUGCCAAUGGUAAAUUGAUGCAAAAAGUGAGCACAAGGCUUUCUGCGAGCUCUUAUGGAGAAGAUGAACUCAUUAGUCUCAUUCAAACGCUAUAUAUAAAACAACCACCAACAAGCACUUCAAUCUCUGGAUAUGAUGAGGAGCCAGAAUGGGCAGAGUACAAGAUAAAGGAAACCAACAUGUUCACUGUGGAUAGUUAUCAACAGCUUGGCUUUUUCCCCAAUGAGAGGGCUUUUGCCCUAAGAUACCAAACAGCUGGCAUGUUAGAAACUGUGUUAAGGCAAGGAGUACUGGGGGAAGAUGACACUGGAGAAGAAUCACCUAGAAAUCUUAAGCUUCCUUCUCGGCUGCCUUCUAUUGUAUGUGAGAACUGCCUAUAUUCUCGAGAGAAAGAUAGGCGAGCAAGAGCUUUUCAUAUCAUGGAUCCAAAAGGCAUUUUAGAAAUGCUUCUUAUCUUCCUUGAGGAUAGAGGUGAUGGAAUCCUAUCUCGUCCUACGCUUGACAGUAAUACUGAUGGUACAAAUAGGAUUAUACCAUUUCUUGGUUGGUGGAAAGGCCAUUCUGUAACAAAACGUAGUGGCGUUUAUGGAUCAACACUUGCUGAAGCUGAUACAAUAGCUUUGCUUGAGAUGGAUGAUAAGGGUCAGCUGAUCCAGGAUAUUACUUCAACAUCUGAUCGACUUGGUGUUACAACUAAUGUGCAUUGGACGGGCAACACAGCAGACAACUUGGUUACAUUUGAUGGAGGAUAUCAGAUUACAUUAUUACCGGGAGGCAUGUACAUGGGAUGUCCUUCUGACAUCGCAAAGAGUGUUGCAGAAUCAAAGUCAUUUCAUUUAGAGUUUUGUUGGCUGGAGUCUCCCGGCAAGAGACAAAGAUUGGUUAGAACUUACGAUGUAGAAGGCUUGGCUGUCUCAUCAACUUAUUUUUCUGAAAUUAAAUUGUGAAUUUCCUUAUUCUGCUUCAUCAUCAAAUUACUCUUUAGGUUUAAUAUAGAAAUUCAUUUUUAUGUGACAAAAUGCUGUGCUAAAUUACUUGCAGCUGCAUGGUCACUUUAUGACUUUCUUUAAAUACAGAGUAGGGUAAAGAAAAGCCAAAGGUCUAUUGUUGCAA